AUGCUGAAAAGAGAUCAGGAAAUUGUAUUUGAAGCAAUCAAUCAAAACAAGGAAUCUUUUGAAUUUGCUUCUGAGGAACUUUUGUGUGACAAAGAAUUUUUAUUGAAACUGAUCAAGCUUGGAUGUAGAGAUGUUUUCAGAUAUGUUCUAACAGAAAUUAUUGAAGACAGAGAAUUUGUAUUAAGAGCCAUCAAACUCAAUGGUCCUUCUGUUUCUGGAUCAUGUUUUACCUCAGACAGGGAAAUCAUGUUGGAGGCAGUGAAGAGUAACGGAUAUGCAUUAUAUUAUGCGAGUGAAGAAUUGCAACAAGAUGCUGAAUUGGUGAUGGAAGCUCUCAAAUGCAACGGAUUUGUGUUGGAAUAUAGUGAUGAAUUGUUGCAGCAAACGAUGGAACAAUGUUAUUUUGGUGCUUAUUUAGGAAUACCUUAA